AUUGGUUAAAUUAUGUGUGUUAAAAUAUAAAAAUUGAUUAAGAAACCAAAAAAGCAGUUAACAAAUAACACGGAAAAAGGACAAAAACGCAAGAAAUUGGAUCGAAUACGUCAACAUAACUUGCAGUUUCGCAAACUAACCAAUACGGAUUAGGCACAUGUGGGUUAUUAAUUAUUGAUACGGUUUAGCAGGAGUGGGGAUGGAGCAUGUGGCGGCAGACGGGACGAGAAAGGAGUAUAGCAGUACAUAUGUACAAUAUGCUGCAGUGAAACGAGUUUCGUGAUCCAACGAUAUGUAGGAAAUAGACAAGAAGGAAAUAACGAUUCUGUCAAUAGGGGAAAAACUCGACGUGAUGACAAAGACAACAAUGACAAUGACGUUGGCAGUUAUGAUAACAAUGAAACUACGAAUCAACGAAAUGCGAACAAAUUUGAGAGAGCAAAAUAUAGAGAGGGUAAAUGGAAGGUGGGAAGAGAAGAUGAAACAUGACUGUUAAAAAAAGAUAACUUCUUCCGGAUAAAAUACAGUUUUAUUAUUUGGUGUUUUUCUUUGGAACUUUUCUUACGAUUUUAAAAUUGGUGAAUAUUUUCAAAUAGAAAAUAUGAACGGAGCCGAACUCUGGUCUCUUCCACCAAAACAGGCUCUGUAUGAUCCAACGCUUGAAAAGGACGCUUGUGGUGUUGGAUUCAUUGUCGCCAUAGAUGGAACAAAAUCACACAAGAUCGUUCGUGAUGCAGAAAUUCUCUCGGCACGUAUGAACCAUCGCGGUGCUUGUGCCUGCGAUAACGACACCGGAGACGGGGCCGGUGUUCUUUGUGCAAUCCCGCAUGAGUAUUACGCCGGUGAAUUGCGCCAGCAACAAAGUAUCGACUUACCUCAGUUCGGCCGUUAUGCUACCGGUAUUUUGUUUCUUAAUCAAAAUUCACACCAACAAGCUGAGGCUGCCUUUGAAAAAUUAGCUGAGAAAUGCAAUUUAAGAGUAAUUUGUUGGCGAGAUGUACCAACAGACAAUACACGAAUUGGCCAAGUGGCGCGAAAGUGCGAACCUUAUAUGCGUCAAGUAUUUGUUACUGGUGAUCAAGAUGAUAUUAAUUUUGAACGACAAGUGUUUGUUUUGAGAAAAAGAUCUUCUCAUUCUAUACCACGACCAGGCAUCAGAUAUUACAUAUGCUCACUUUCUACACGAACAGUCGUUUAUAAAGGACAAUUAACAGCAGAUCAAUUGUGGCAUUACUUUCUAGAUUUAAAGUCUCCAAAAUUUGAAACUUAUCUGGCGUUAGUUCAUACAAGAUUCUCCACAAAUACAUUUCCUAGCUGGGAAAGAGCACACCCUCUUCGGUUAUUAGCACACAAUGGUGAAAUUAAUACUUUAAGAGGAAAUGUAAACUUAAUGAAGGCUCGUGAAGGUGUAAUGAGCAGCAAGCUUUAUGGCGAGCAAUUAAAACAGCUUUAUCCGGUGGUAGAACCGAAUCUUUCGGAUUCGGGAGCCGUUGAUUGUGUCUUGGAGUUUUUAGUAAUGGUAGGACAACGAUCUUUGCCAGAGGCAGUAAUGACAAUGGUGCCAGAAGCAUGGCAGAACGAUUUAACAAUGGCAACAGAGAAGCGCGACUUUUAUCAUUGGGCUGCUUGUGCAAUGGAACCAUGGGAUGGUCCCGCUCUGCUAACUUUCACAGAUGGCCGUUACAUUGGUGCUAUUUUAGACAGAAACGGCCUGCGUCCAUCGCGCUUCUACGUUACUAAGGAUAAUAUGAUGGUGAUGGCAUCUGAAGUAGGCGUCUAUGAUACUUCGUCUAGUAAUAUAGUUCUAAAGAGUCGUUUGAAACCAGGUAGGAUGUUGCUGGUUGACACAUAUGAAAAGAAGAUUAUAGAGGAUGUUGAGCUGAAGUUGCAAAUUUCAAGAAGUAGACCACAUUCUAAGUGGCUGAAGGAUCAGAUGAUUACGAUGGACGAGUUACGUGCUGCAGAUGUUGAUCCUAAAAAGAUAUCUGGUACUGUUGAAAAUGGUUCAGUUAUAGAUGAAAAAGCAACUAAAAUAAAUGUGGUGAAUGAGGCAAAUCCAAUAUCUGCUGUGAAUCGAGUUUGGGGAGGUGAUAAAAGAUUGUCCCUCUAUGGAUACACUCUUGAAACCAUUAAUUUACUUCUCUUACCGAUGAUGCAGUCUAAGAAGGAAGCAUUGGGUUCCAUGGGAAAUGAUGCACCACUGGCUUGUCUUUCUCAAUUUCAACCACUUAUCUACGACUAUUUUAAGCAACUGUUUGCUCAGGUGACAAAUCCUCCUAUUGAUCCGUUUAGAGAAAAGAUAGUAAUGUCAAUGCUUUGUCCCAUUGGUCCAGAAAGUAAUAUCCUCGAGCCAAACGAAUUGCAAGUGCACAGAUUAUUUUUACCACAACCGAUACUCUCCUUAGAUGAUCUUGAAAUAAUCAAACGAACAAAAUAUCGCGAUUGGAAGACUAAAAUAAUCGAUGCAACAUACCCUGUAGAAGAUGGUCCAUCUGGAUUAGUAGAUACGCUUAAUCGUGUCAGUGAAGAAGCUAAUCAAGCUGCAAAACAAGGUUAUCAAUUUCUCGUUUUAUCCGAUCGAGAAGGUGGUCCGAAAAGGGUACCUGUGAGCAGCUUAUUAAUACUUGGCGCAGUCCAUCAUUAUCUAAUCGAAGAGCGGCAGCGUAUGAAAGUUGGUCUCAUUUUAGAAACUGCUGAAGCUAGAGAAGUGCAUCAUAUUUGCCUACUUCUUGGCUAUGGAGCAGACGCCAUUUGUCCAUACCUUGUGUUUGAAAUGGCAAGAAAUCUUCGUACAGAUGGUGUAUUAGAUUCGUCAUUAACUGAUAAUGCUUUAUGCGCGAAUUACGCAGAAGCAAUGGAGAGAGGAAUAGCAAAAGUAAUGGCAAAAAUGGGAAUUUCCACAUUACAAUCAUAUAAAGGAGCUCAAAUUUUUGAAGCAGUUGGUUUAUCUGAAGAAGUUAUUGAUAAAUGUUUUAAGGGCACUCAUUCCCGUAUCGGUGGAGUUACUUUUGAUAUUUUAGCAAAGGAAGCAUUUGAAAGACACCAAAUUACUUAUUGGAUGAAACCUAUGGAUAUGCUCGUUAUUCGUAACCCAGGCAUAUAUCAUUGGCGAUCUGGUGGAGAAAAACACAUAAACGAACCUGAUAGUAUUGCUAAUUUGCAGGAUUAUGUAAAUUCAAAGGAUUGGAAGACUUAUGAGAAAUAUCGAAAAAUUACUAUGGAAAUGAUAAAGGCUUGCACUUUGCGUGGUCAACUAGAGUUAAUACAGAAAGCAGAAAAUUCUAUACCCAUUGAAGAAGUUGAACCAGCAUCUGAAAUCGUAAAACGAUUUGCAACUGGAGCUAUGAGUUUUGGAAGCAUUUCUAUAGAAGCACAUACAACUUUAGCGAUUGCAAUGAAUCAUAUUGGUGGUAAAUCAAAUACUGGUGAAGGUGGUGAGAAUGCUGAAAGAUAUCUCAAACAGGAUCCAAAAUUUAACAAACGGUCAGCCAUUAAACAAGUUGCCAGUGGACGCUUUGGUGUAACUUCGAGUUAUUUAGCAAAUGCUGAUGAUCUUCAAAUCAAAAUGUCACAAGGAGCAAAACCAGGAGAAGGAGGCGAACUGCCUGGUUAUAAAGUUACAGCUGAAAUUGCUGCAACGAGACAUUCGGUACCUGGUGUAGGUUUAAUUUCACCGCCACCGCAUCAUGAUAUUUACUCGAUCGAAGAUCUUGCGGAAUUGAUUUACGAUUUGAAAUGCGCAAAUCCAAAUGCUCGUAUUUCUGUUAAGUUAGUAUCAGAAGUAGGUGUAGGUGUAGUCGCAGCAGGAGUAGCAAAGGGUAAAGCAGAGCAUAUCGUAAUAUCUGGUCACGAUGGCGGAACUGGAGCUAGUACUUGGACAGGAAUAAAAUCCGCAGGGUUACCAUGGGAAUUAGGCGUUGCAGAAACCCAUCAAAUAUUAACUUUAAAUAAUCUUCGAUCACGUGUCAUUGUUCAAGCAGAUGGUCAAAUGCGUACAGGUUUUGAUGUAGUAGUUGCAGCUCUUCUAGGUGCCGACGAAUUUGGUUUUAGCACAGCACCUUUAAUUACCAUGGGUUGUACUAUGAUGAGAAAAUGUCAUUUAAAUACUUGUCCCGUGGGUAUUGCAACACAAGAUCCAAUACUUCGAAAAAAGUUCGAGGGGAAACCUGAACAUGUGAUUAAUUUUUUUGUCGCAUUAGCAGAAGAGGUACGUUCUUACAUGGCUGAUCUUGGUUUACGUAAAUUUCAAGAUCUAAUUGGUCGCACGGAUCUAUUGAAAGUUCGUAAUGAUAUUUUAAUAGAAAAAGCUAAAACAUUAAAACUCGAUAAUAUUUUGCGUAAUGCACUUGAACUUCGACCAGGAGUAAAUAUUCAGGGAGGUUCAAUAAAACAAGAUUUUCAAUUAGAGAACAGAUUAGAUAAUCGUGUGAUUGAAUUGGCGACAAAUGUGUUAAAUGGAAAACAAAAUCAUGUUGAUAUUGAGUUAAGUAUUAAUAAUGAAUGUAGAGCAUUUGCAGCUACAUUGAGCUACCAUAUUUCAAAAUUAUAUGGUGAAAAUGGCUUACCAGAAGGUAGUAUCAACAUAAAAAUGAAAGGUUCUGCAGGUCAGAGUUUCUGUGCUUUCAUGACAAAAGGUAUCCAUGUUACUCUUGAAGGAGAUGCCAACGAUUAUGUUGGCAAGGGCUUAUGUGGAGGUGAAAUUGUUAUAUAUCCACCAAAAGAUUGUACCUUCAAUUCUGAAAUGAAUGUAAUUGUUGGCAAUGUUUGUCUUUAUGGUGCAACUUCUGGCAAAGCAUAUUUCCGUGGAAUCGCUGCUGAAAGAUUUAGCGUUCGCAACAGUGGAGCAAUAGUAGUGGUUGAAGGCGUUGGUGAUCAUGGAUGCGAAUAUAUGACUGGUGGUUGUGCGGUUAUUCUGGGACUUACUGGACGUAAUUUCGCUGCUGGAAUGUCUGGUGGCAUAGCCUAUGUUUUAGAUGUAGACGGGUCGUUCAAAAGUAAGUGUAACUCUGAAAUGGUGGAAUUGCUUCCUUUAAAUAAACAAGAGGAUAUUGCAUAUGUGAAAGAACUUUUAGAAGAAUUUGUUGAAAAAACUGGUUCUUUAAUAGCUCAAGAUCUUUUAACAUUAUGGCCUGAACCAACGACGCGAUUCGUUAAAGUAUUUCCAUAUGAAUAUCAACGAGCAUUAAAGCAAGUCGAAAUAAGCAAAGAGACACAAUCAAUACCGAAUGGUAGCUCUCAGACAUUAGAUGUUCAGAUCAAAGAUAUUGAAGAUGCUGUUGCAGAUACUGAUAUGAAACAGUAUAGAUUGGACAAAAUAAGAGGAUUUAUGAAAUACAAAAGGCAAACAGGAGUUUAUCGGCCAGUUGAAAGUCGUAUUACCGAUUGGAAUGAAAUUUAUAAUUUUCAUGAUGUUCGUAAAGGAUUGCGUAUUCAGGCAGCAAGAUGUAUGGAAUGUGGUGUACCAUUUUGUCAAAGCAGUCAUGGCUGCCCCCUAGGAAAUAUUAUUCCUAAAUGGAAUGAUCUCGUUUUUCAAUCAAAUUGGAAAGAAGCUUUAAAUCAGUUGUUACAAACUAAUAAUUUUCCAGAAUUUACCGGAAGAGUUUGUCCUGCUCCAUGUGAAGGUGCUUGCGUUUUGGGUAUAUCAGAACCAGCAGUUACAAUAAAAAACAUAGAGUGUGCAAUAAUUGAUCAUGCAUUCGAAAAGGGUUGGAUAGUGCCACAUCCACCAUUAACAAGAACUGGUCGCCGAGUAGCCGUCGUUGGCUCUGGACCAGCUGGUUUGGCAGCAGCUCAUCAGCUAAACAAAGCAGGACAUUUAGUGACUGUUUAUGAAAGGAAUGACAGAAUUGGAGGUCUAUUGCAAUAUGGUAUUCCGACUAUGAAAUUAUCGAAACAAAUUGUUCAAAGAAGAGUUUCUCUUCUUGCAGCGGAGGGUAUUACAUUUAAAACUGGAGUUAAUGUUGGAAAACACAUUUCUGCUAAGGAAUUAAGCGAACAAUAUGACGCAAUGUUGUUAUGUACUGGUGCGACUUGGCCAAGAGACUUAGAAAUACCAGGUCGACAUCUCGAAGGAAUUCAUUUUGCAGUAAGCUUUUUGGAACAUUGGCAAAAGAAACAAAUGGGAGACGACGCUCCACUAGAUAUACGUUUAAUAGCUAAAGAUAAGGAUGUCAUUAUAAUAGGUGGCGGUGAUACUGGUUGCGAUUGCAUAGCUACAUCUUUGCGACAGGGUGCUAAUACGAUUACUACUUUUGAAAUUUUACCUGAACCACCAAGCAAAAGAGCACAUGAAAAUCCCUGGCCACAGUUUCCACGUGUAUUUAAAGUGGAUUAUGGUCAUGAAGAAGUUUCUUUAAAGUUUGGUCGAGACCCUCGACAAUUUAGUACAUUAAGUAAAGAGUUUCUAGAUGAUGGAAAUGGACAUGUGAAUGGCAUCAAAACAAUAUCAGUAUCGUGGACAAUGAAAAAUGGUCGUUGGAAUAUGGAAGAAAUUACUGGAACAGAAAAGGUAUAUAAAUGUGACCUAGUUCUACUCGCAAUGGGUUUCUUGGGUCCUGAAAAAUAUAUUGCAACAGAGUUAAAUACAACAAUGGAUGAAAGAGGUAAUUUCAAAACAUCAAUUGGUAAAUACGAGACAAGUUUAACUGGAAUAUAUGCAGCAGGAGAUUGCCGGCGUGGACAAUCUCUAGUAGUUUGGGCUAUUACAGAAGGUCGACAAGCAGCAAGAGAAAUAGAUCUGGCUUUAAUGGGAGAAACUGGUCUUCCUGUAUCUGGUGGCGUUAUAACUGGCAUUAUGGGUUAAGACGCAAAUAUUUUUUCCUAUCAAUCAAUCAGAAUUGUAUUAUUUCUUUUUACCCUUUCACUUUUGCUGUGCCCCCACCCCCAACUUUUUUACCUUUUUUGGUUGUUAAACCGUAUAAUGUAGUAGUAUGAAAAUAGUACCAUUUAAUGAGCAAGGAAGAAACGUGAUUAAUACGAGAACAAGAAAAUCAGUAUUAUCUUGUCGCAAGUUUUUGCAAUAUCGAAAAGUCUUACCAUCAUGUAUGCUUAUUUACAAAGAAGCGCUGCUUGCGUAUGAAAAUUUGAUAGGAAAAUAACAAUUGAAGCAUGAUGGGAUUUAUAUUCUUGUUUCUAGUUGUCGUUUAAUUUAAUAUUUGUUAAUUUUUUGUAGAAAAAACUAUAACUAAGUAAUAGUACUGUAAGCUGAGAUGAGAAAGAAAUAAUUCUAGAUGUAUUACUGAAUCUACCUCGUAUCCUCCUUUACGUUCCUUGCUUAUUUCACGAGGUAAUAUAAGUUAUUCUAUGUAAUUAAAAUGAUCUUUCAAAAUUAAUAAUACGACCAAUACA